AUGGGACAAACCACGAUCCUUGAAGGCGGCGAGCAGCUUGCUAGAGCCCGUAGCAAAUCCCGUCGUCUUCAUCUACUGCUAGUAGUUGUGUUCGUUGGGGCAUACUUUGCUGGCCACCGAUGCUGGCACCAUGCCUCGAUGAACCAAGCCCCCGUGUGCCCGCAGACCGAAGCUCUCGUCCCCACACAAAACCACGGACUAUGGUCAGAUAUCAGUGCCUUGAUAUCUACGGAUUCGUUCGAAAAGCAUGCAGCAGAGCUACUGGGCGGUGCAGUACGCGUGCGCGGAGAAACCUUCGAUUCCAUGGGUCCCGUUGGGGAGGAUCCAAGAUGGGAAGUGCAUUCCAAGUUCCACGAAUACCUCGCGCAGAACUUCCCUCAGAUUUACAAGGCUCUGAAGCUCGAGACCGUGAACACUUACGGUUUGCUGUAUACGUGGCAAGGCUCGGACACAUCGCUCAAACCGUUACUUAUGAUGGCCCACCUUGAUACUGUACCCGUAAACCCCGACACCAUAGAGUCUUGGACUCAUCCACCGUGGUCUGGUUAUUUUGAUGGUACUAGCAUUUGGGGGCGUGGUUCCUCUGACGACAAGAGUGGUCUUAUUGGGACAAUGACCGCCAUUGAACUCUUAUUGCAACGCGGGUUCCAACCCUCACGCACAGUCGUCCUUGCCUUUGGCUUUGACGAAGAAGCCGGUGGGGUCCAAGGGGCGGGUCAUAUUGCCCCCGUCCUGUUAGACCGUUAUGGCGAAGAUUCCUUCACGGCAAUCAUUGACGAAGGAGGAGGAUUCUCCGAAGAGUAUGGCACAACCUUCGCGGGCCCUGGAGUCGCUGAGAAAGGGUCUAUGAAUGUGGAUCUGGAAGUCACGGCACCAGGGGGACAUUCCUCUAUUCCUCCUAGCCACACAAGCAUCGGAAUGCUUGCCGCUGCUAUUGUAUACCUCGAGGAUCACCCCUUCGACGUGCAUCUAGACCGCAAAUCAACUAUCUAUGCCCGUUUACAAUGCGCGGCUCAACACGGCAAGGAAAUGGACCCAACGCUCCGGCACAAAAUUCGUCAAUCACUGAAAUCUGACAAGAAACUGCGCGAACUCGAGACCCUGCUAUUUGCCGAUUCAGUAGAGAAGAGUCUCGCGGGAACGACACAAGCUAUUGACCUCAUCAACGGCGGAGUUAAGUCCAAUGCGCUACCGGAACAAGCUCGCGCGGUCAUCAAUCACCGGAUUGACUCGAUGAGCUCAUCUAAUGUUGUCAAGGAACGCGACACCACGCUCCUCAAGGAAAUCGCCCAUAAGUUCAAUUUGAGUUACACGGCCUUUGGGCAUGAGAUCACUGAGAAAGAUGCGCCGUCUGCGGGAACGAUUAGCAUAUCCUCUCCUUUGGUUCUCGAGCCGGCGCCUGUCACUCCCAUUGUUAUGGAUAGGGCUACACCAUAUGGCAUCCUUAGUGGAUCUAUUCGAGCGACCUACGACGCCCGCCGGUCGCAGAAUAAUCAGAGCGGAGACAUAUUCGUUACUCCAGGAAUGCCAACCGGAAACACUGAUACACGCUACUACUGGGGUCUGACGAACCAUAUAUUCCGCUACACUCAUCAUGAUCUGGGUACCUCCAAUAAUCCUCUUGGAGGGGGAGUUCAUACAGUAAACGAGCACAUUGAGAUAUCGGCUUUCGUGGAGAUGAUCAGGUUCUAUGUGACUUUUAUCUUGAAUAUGCAAGAGUCUCUAGCUGUCUGA